AGCCCUCUCGCUUCUCUCAUCCUCCAGAGGGUAUUCAUAAUAAUACAAAAGUUGGCCAUAUAACUGAUUGUAAGCAACAUAAUUAUUAGAAGUACUUGCUACUAGCGCCUAUGUAGUUGUCUCAUCAUCACAACACGCGGUAUGUUUACCAAUGUCUUACUACCAAAUGUAAAAACAUACACUGUUGCCCUACUGCAGAGUGAGCCACGACGCUACCACCUGGUACCACUUCCCCCACUGUGCCUCACGAGACGACCGACCGGAGGAAGAGGGGCGGGGCCCACAGCAGGUACCUCUCCUGCGCUCCUUCUCUGCCGAGACCAGCCUCAAGGCUCCGCCCACCAAGGGCCCCGUCGCAAGGAACCUUCUCGGGAGAAACGGCCGUCACCGGGGAACACAGACCACCCCACUAAAGCCACACCCCCCUGCACUCAUCCCGUGCCCGGCAACACAGUCCCCCUCACAAGUCUCCUUUCUGGAAGGAUAUCUCCCAUGGCGACCUGGGGGAAAACCCCAGAUUGGAACAGUCCCCAAGCCCCAGCCCCAUCUCCAGGCCAGUACUAUGUAUACCCGAGCGGAACCGGUACCUGGUACCGAACGAGACCUGAAAAGCGGUCCAGGUCCAUACAACUAUGCAUUCCGAUAUGAUGACUGGUGGUGUGUGUUGCUCGGAAUCAGGACUUUGUCACCUGCCCCGCCCACGGGAAGAUCCUCCUCAGAUACAUGGCUCCACACGACCCUUGUUUGUGGCCCAGGGUAAGGAAUCCUGGUCAGUGGAGAGACGACUGUUGGAGGAAGGGUCCUGGUCAAGGAGCCUUACGCACCCGUCUUCCAAGUCAGGAUCAGGAAAAACGGAGAGUCUGAACCCAGUGGUCCGUUUGCCCUGAAAGCACUCACCAAAGAAUGGACCAGACAGACCACCAUUUCCACCACUGACCCCGCCCCCGAACAAGAGGCCACGCCCCCAAAACCGCCCUCCCGCUACUCCAUCAUUCAGGGGUUCAACAACCUCAAGAAGGAGCUAGCUCUCCUGGCUCCUCUCCGGAAUCCCCACGUCAUCCAACUCCACGGAGUGGUCCUCCGCCCCCUGGGACUCAUCCUCGAACAUGCUCCCGGAGGCAGCCUCAAGAAGACCCUGGAACAGUUCCACGAGCUGCAACAACAUCUCCGUGGCAAUGUCGUGCAGGCUGUCAUCAUUCAGGUGGCACAUGCCAUCCGCUAUCUCCACCACUGCUCCAUCAUCUACAGAGACCUCAAGAGCGACAACGUCCUGGUCUGGCGGUUCCCCAUGCCACAUGACUCCGUUCUCGUUCCCCCGGGUCGACUUGGAUUGGAGACGGUGCUGGUCAAACUCUCAGAUCUGGGGAUCAGUCAGUUUGCAGCAACUCAGGGGGCCAGGGGCCUCGUUGGAACCCCUGGGUAUAUGGCCCCCGAGAUCUUGAAGUACCACGGCAAAGAGGUAUACACCAACCAGGUGGACAUAUUCUCAUUCGGGAUGUUCAUGUAUGAACUGCUGACUCUGCACAUUCCCUACGAGAACCUGACGGCACAGCAGGCAAACCAGGCAAACGAGAGUGGCUCACGACCUGCCCUCACCAGGAAGGACCUGGAGUGUGCAGUUCUCCUGAGAGAGCUGAUGGUGUGGUGCUGGCAGCAACACCCCGACCACAGACCCUCGGCCGAUGACAUCAUCUCCACUGCGCAGUCGCAGCAGUUGCUACGGCUUCUCAAUGGUAUCCGGGUCAGCAGGGGUCAGGUCACAGCAGCCUGCGUGUCUCUCUCUCCCCACUCUGUCCUCACUUCACUCCGUCACCACCGUCAGAAAUCCCCACGUCCACCGAUCCACACGGACCUCACUAACCCGUUUGUCGCUGACAGACAGUCAACUGAAGGUGGACUUCACUGGUUGGGCGAUAGCAGACUGGAGUCACACACUGACGCGGUCUUAUUGAGUGGUGUCAAAGUGCUUCAAGACAGUGUUGAAAUGAGUCAAUAUGAAUCAAGUAGUGGGCAGGUUAGAGAUGUGUUUCGUAAGAGUGAGCAUAGCACAGACAAUUUUAUUGAGGUUCAAAUCGAACCAGAUGUAACUCGUAGUGACACUGGUGAUACAUUUGUUCAACCAACUGACUCUAGUAACACAUUUGGUGAUCCGGUUGACACUGGUAAUGCACCAGAUGAUCCCACUGACACUGGUAACACACCAGAUGAUCCCACUGACACUUGUGAGAGACAGCGACGAACGUCAAUCUCUGGCACUUCCGACACUGGGUUCUCCAGUAAACUCUGUACCACCAGUGAACCUGACUCCACCCCUCCUCCGCCCGACCACCACCAAAUUACCACUGACCACGCCCCCUCCAACCACACCCCCUCUGACCACACCUCCAAAGCUGGGGGAUCGGCUAGGGAACCAAUGCUGACCAUCUCAGACUGCUAUCACCCAAGUGUCCUCAUCAACCAAUUCACUGAAACAGAACGGCCCCCCAGCCCCCCUGGCCCCCCACAUUCCUGGUCCCCAACACCCCAAAGACCCCUCUCGACCCCCGCAAAAUUCCCCUCCCCUGACCCCCAAGCCCCACCCCGUACGAAAUUCUCGUUCCCGGGUCCCCAGACUCACCCAUCACUGGAGCCACACCCACCUAUCAGAGUCUCGUCCGAUUCAGCUGCCGGUCGACUCUCAGGGUCAAAGGUCGUGUAUUCACCGGCGAAGAGACAGGAACGGAGAGGGUGGUCGGAGGAGAGGGAGGAGGAGGAGGAGGGGCUGGUGUUCUCGCCCAGUGGAGAGAGUCUGUCUGGUCUCUCGGAGGAAGAGGCGGGCUGCGAGGAGAUGGACAUGGGAGACUCCCCAAUCCUGGCCCUCUGUGCUGCGAGGGGUCGCGUGUGGGUCGGGUUCCAGAUCGGCCACCUCCUCAUCUUCGACUCAUCCUCCCACCACCUCUUGGCCCAGAUAUGGCUGAGACAGUAUACUCCCAUCGUUAGCAUCGUACAUGUCCCUCACCACAGGAGGGUGUUUGUCACUCUGGCCACUGGCUCUGUCUUUGCCUUCAAGGACGAGGUGGAGGGAGAGGCUGGGGUGAGGAGGACGCAACUACAGCCAGUCUGCGAGUACCACGAUCUCGGGCAGCCGGCCAGCUGCGUUACAGCUGUGCCACGCCCACCGGGGGAAGUUGGCGGAGCUUCUCAUGAGCUGUGGGUGGGGCAGUCAGAGGCGAUGAUAACGAUCCUUGACCCUCGCGACCUCUCGGUGGUGAAAUUUCUUAGGAACACGAGUGACAAGUCACCUACCCCAAGCUACAUGGCCUACCUCGCAUACACUAACCUGGUCUACAGCAGUCAUCUCAGUACUGUGACUCAGACACAGGCAUCCUCGGAGAGUGGAACUCAGGAUGACCAGAAGCUAUCAGUGAGCGUGUACGGAGCCCUGUGCCAUGGUCAGUAUGUGACUCAAUGGAACGCUGGCUCUAAGGAGGUGGUGGCUUGUCAUGACUGCAAGCAGUGCUGUGAAGACAAGGAAGACUGCAAGAUCAGCUCCCUACACUGCCACACACAGCAGCUCCUAGUCGGCCUCUGCUCGGGGAAGAUCCUAGUCCUCGAUGCUCUCACCUUCUCCCACCUCAGCAGCCUCACCUGCCACCGAGGCCCCGUUCAGGCCCUCUUCACCCUCUCCCCUCCCCCUCCCUCAUCCUCCGACACCUCCUCUCACUACUCAAGCCCGCACUGGACCUCUGCCAAGAAGAAGAGCUCUCGAAACUCAUUCCCAGACAGAUCCAGUCUCGGUUCCAUGUCACUGCCCGGGUCCCAGCCCAAUUCUGCUGACCCAAGUCCCAUUCCCAUGUCAACCCCCUACUCCCAGUACUCUGAGAGCUCCAUACUGUCCAACUCCCAGUCCACCAGUAGCAGUGGGAGUGACACGGCUAGACUAGGGACCAGGCUACUCAGUUUCGGGUCCGGAUUCCGUUCCUACUACGACGGUCCUGAGUCCGUACCGCACCUGGAAUCGGGGUUCGUGUUAGUGUGGGAUCUUCCCUCCAGGGUCAGCAGUGACGCUAUCUCUUAGCCCCUCCUCUUCUCUCCUUCCGUGUGUGUGUGUGCUUUUUACUUUCACUUCCGCUAUAAUUAACCAUUUUUAAUCACUGUUAACUACAAAAUUAUUUUUUAGGGAUGGAAUAUUUUUUCAACUGGCUGAUUCGUCAAAAUUUGGAACUGAUAUUUUUUCCACCCCCAAGGAAAGAGCUCCCUGUUUGCGAUUGCGACUGCAAUAACCUUCCCAACAUAGUUACAUGGCUAAGCAAGCACAGUAAUAUGUAUACAUA